CGCCCACUGUACGUGACGUCGGAAAUGACGUCAAGGCAAACAGGAAACAGUAUUAACACGGAUAUUUGGUUCUUCUUCCUGCCGACACAUAUAAAUCAUACCUGAACCUGUUAAUCGGAAAUUAGAUUGUUUGGAGACACCAUGGCAACAAUAGCAACUUCUCCACCUAUGCGUGGUACUGGUGAUGGCAUGGAAACAGAGGUGCCCUUGAAAUCGGUAGAAGUAACACCACCACUACACAGCAAGGUGACGCACAGCCCAAGGAGGAAAGGUACUCCAUCACUGUCACUAAGUCCUGGUGUCCUUCAGCUGGGGAAAAUUAGUUCUGACAAAUCAGUUGAAAUUGAAGCUUUCAGGAUCAUCGUUCCUAAAUCUGCAAUAACACAUACGGUUCUUGCUAAGCAGGCUAAAGCCCAGGAGUCUAAUGGACACAGUAAAAUAGACAUAUCUGAUUGUAUAAGCGAGCCAUGGAAACAACUCUCGGAAAUGAAGAAUACUCUGGAAAAAUUAAAGAAUUCAGAAAAGAGAUUGCUGCAAGAUAAGGAAGGUCUUUCUAACCAACUCAAAGUGCAAAGUGAGGUUAAUCGGGAGUUAAAAAAAUUGCUGGUAGCAUCUGUUGGUGACGAUUUACAGUAUCAUUUUGAGCGCACCGCUCGAGAGAAGAACCAGUUAAUAUUAGAGAAUGAAGCCCAGGCACGGAAUACAGCCCAACUUUCAGAACAGUUAGAGCGCAUGUCUAUUCAGUGUGAUGUGUGGAGAAGCAAAUUCCUUGCCAGCAGAGUGAUGGCGGAUGAAUUAACUAACAUGAGGGCAAAUCUGCAACGACAAAACAGAGAAGCCCAAAGUGCACUUCAAGAUUUGUUAAGUGAAAGGGAACAGUUUCGUCAAGAAGUGUCUGACACACACAAAGUGUUAGAAGAGCUUCUGGUCUCUCUGCAAUGGGGAAGACAACAGACCUACUAUCCCACGUCUCAGCCAUAUAACACCACUGAACUGAUGGCAGCAAACUAUAAGCUGGCAGUGGCCGUGAAGUCUCACCUUAUCGGAAAUACUGGAUCUGAAAGUCCCAAAUGUACCUCUCCGCUAGCUGAAUAUUGCAGCACUCCUGCAGAGAAGAUGGCGGAAAUGAUACUGAAAGCUCAGGAUCUUACUGUCUGUACUGAGAUGUUGGCCGAUAUUUCCUUCUCAGAGUCCUCCUCGUCUUCCUUCCUAGCAGCAAAGAAAAGUAUUGGACGGUUUCACCCAUACACCAGAUACGAGAACAUCACCUUUAAUUGCUGCAAUCGAUGCCAUGGAGAACUGAUAGCCUUAUAAGAUGACUUGUAUUACACAGCCCCUUUGUGAUAUCAGUAUUUACUGUGGUGUAAGACUGCACGUCAGAGAGCAAUAAUUUUUCCCUCAGACGUUGUUACAUGAAUUAUCAGUAUUUGUGUUCCUCUGUUUCUUUUGGCGCCUGACCUCAUGCAAUAUAACCUUUGUAAGGCGGAACAUUUAUAGGAGAACUUUUAAGCGAAAUACUUUUGGCAUCCAAAGUGUGUGCGCUAUAAUAUUGACUAUUUAAGAAAGUCUUUCAAGUUCACUAGGUCAUUUCCAAAGACAAUCUCUUUAUAAAACCGCUGUGAUGCGAUACUCUGCUUGAUUAUUUGAUGUACAAAUGUACUUUCAGAAUGUUAGCUUAAACUGACAAUUUAUUAAAAACGCAGAAUUUCAGUCUAA